UCUGCUAGAGCGGGGAGGAUGUGGUCAGUGCUCGGUUGUCUGGUGAUGAUGGUGGCGCUUGGUCAUUGUUUUAGAGAAAACGUUUUGAAUAGAGCCCACUCCCAUAGGGGGGGUAUAAUAGGACCUGAGUGUUUGGAAGUCAGUUGAAAUUCAAGGGCUGGACCGAAUGACGUCCUCGUCAGUUAUGGUAAAAGAUCAUUUAAAUGCCAUAGAAUGUCUUUUAAAAACAGAUUUUGAUUUUUUUUUUACUUUUUUAGGACACUCAGUCUGAUUUGGAGGUGAUUUUAGAGUUUCUGGAGGAAUACUAUAGACAAAGUACUUCGGAAAGUGUCGACAAGAUGUGCUGGACUGCAGGUGAACCUGAAAAUAAAGGACCAGAUCAAACUCAUCAUCAGUGGACAGAACCUUCUGGCGUCAGACCGGCCCCUCAACCUUUCCUGCCACACGACACUCGACCGGCCUCUCACCAACAUACGACAGCAUCAGUGUCUGAUUAUGGGUCAGUGCCAAACUUUGUAUCAACAAGACAAUCAGCAAAACACAAAGCCACAGCAACAGGGAGUGGGAGGAAAGUGAGACUCUUUCACUUCCUGUUCGAGAUGCUGGAGGACCCCAGCAUGGCGCACUGUUUGUCGUGGGUGCCGGCGUCUGCCGGCGUUUUCUGCUUCUCCUCCAGGAACAAGGACCAGGUGGCGGCGCUGUGGGGGCAGAAGAAGGGCAACAAGAGACCCAUGACUUACCAGAAGAUGUCGCGGGCGCUCAGGAACUACGCCCGGUCAGGAGAAAUAUUUAAAGUAAAGAAGAAACUCACCUACCAGUUCAGUUAUGACACCUUGAUGUCGCUGCAGAUGCGUUACCAUAGAGACCAGUAGAUUGUAUGCUGUCAUUUUUUUAUGUUUAUAGUUUUCAGCUUUAGCAAUUUCUGACUGAAUGUAUUAUUAAUAAUAAAUGUUGAUGUUUUUAAACACCCUCAAAUACAGUUUUUUAAUUCCUCAGAUGAUGUCAAAGUAAAAUACUGAAUAUGGAAAACACAAAACUGACAUUAUGUCCAAAACUGAUUGUGAAAUUUAAAAAAAUAAAUAAUUUUUUUGUUUUUCGUUUUUUAUUUCUGUGUUUUUUCAAUUAAAAAAGGUGUUUUCGUUAAAAUGUUUUUGUGUACUAAAUAAAAAAAAUAAUGAAAAAACUUUUGUUUUAAUUUUUUGUGUUUUUGUGCUAACUUUAUUCCCUGUUUUUCAUGCUAAUUUUUUUUUUAGGAACUACAAAAGAGGCAGGGCAAAGACUUCAUCUGCUCAUGAAAACUAUAAGUUGACCUGCAAAUAAAAAUUGUAAAAAAGCCACAAUGUGUCCAUUUAGAUUUAAAUAUCCCCAGUUUUUUUUUGUUCAGAGCAAAACGUUGGUGAAAUAGUAA